ACUCUCCCUCUCCUCUGCCCUUUGGACGCGCGCCUCGGUUCCGAACGCAGCGGACGGCGCCUCAGGCAGCGCGGCGGACAGCCCGUCCUCUGGCGCGCCGCGAGCCUCGGAGGACCCUAGCGACGGUCGUGGCGUAAGACCGGGGGGACGCGGCGGUAGCGGCGGCCGUUGCGAUUGAUUGCGCUGGUUACCUGCGGAGUCCACUUCCUUGGCCGCCCUUGCUACACUGGCUGAUUGUUGUGCAGCCGGCGCCAUGUCUGUGAGCGAGAUCUUCGUGGAGCUGCAGGGCUUUUUGGCUGCCGAGCAGGACAUCCGAGAGGAAAUCAGAAAAGUUGUACAGAGUUUAGAACAAACAGCUCGAGAGAUUUUAACUCUACUGCAAGGGGUCCAUCAGGGUGCUGGGUUUCAGGACAUUCCAAAGAGGUGUUUGAAAGCUCGAGAACAUUUUGGUACAGUAAAAACACAUCUAACAUCUUUGAAGACCAAAUUUCCUGCUGAACAGUAUUACAGAUUUCAUGAGCACUGGAGGUUUGUGUUGCAGCGCUUGGUCUUCUUGGCAGCAUUUGUUGUGUAUUUGGAAACAGAAACACUAGUGACUCGAGAAGCAGUUACAGAAAUUCUUGGCAUUGAGCCAGAUCGGGAGAAAGGAUUUCAUCUGGAUGUAGAAGAUUAUCUCUCAGGAGUUCUAAUUCUUGCCAGUGAACUGUCGAGGCUGUCUGUCAACAGCGUGACUGCUGGAGACUACUCCCGACCCCUCCACAUCUCCACCUUCAUCAAUGAGCUGGAUUCUGGUUUUCGCCUUCUCAACCUGAAAAAUGACUCCCUGAGGAAGCGCUACGACGGAUUGAAAUAUGACGUGAAGAAAGUAGAGGAAGUGGUCUAUGAUCUCUCCAUCCGGGGCUUUAAUAAGGAGACGGCAGCAGCUUGUGUUGAAAAAUAGGAGGCUCUCCUUGCUCCUGGCCUUGCUGACCUCAGCGGUUGCCAGGAAGGGGUGAGCACAGAGUGCCUCUUACGGUAGUUAGGAUGCUCAGUUGCUAAACACUGCGCUUUAUUUUCUUAACCAGUUGUGGUGUGAGUAUCAGAAUUGAAACACUUUUUUGGGGGUAAAAAAUAUAGCCUUUACAUGGACAGAAUUUUUUUUGUUGUUUCAGUGAAUAUGCCUGUAAUUCAGUGUAUUUCAGUUCCGUCAGAAAGUGUAAAUGUUAGUUUCUUGGUAAAGUCCUUUUCUUGCUUACCUUGACUGUUGAUGUACUGAUUGAGAAGUUCAUUGUCUCGUUUGUGAUUCUUCCAGAUGUGAUGCUUGAUAUUUUCUAUAUGCGAGUUAGCCAUCCACACCCAGGCAUAGCCUGGAUACAGUAUAAAAAUAGAUAAUUAAAAAGAUGGUUGCCAAGCAAGGAAAACUUAUUUUAUAUUUUCCCUUCCUUAUUUUAAGCAUUGUGGGUAAAUCACAUGUUGAAUUCUUUUGCCAAGGGAAUUAUAGCCGCAGGUUCUCUCUCACUGCCAUCAAACUAUAAAAGAUUAAACUGCAAAGUCAAGCUCAACAGAUUAUUUUGGAAAGUUUUUGUAUUAAGGGAUUUAGUAACAUCAUUUGGUUUUCCACCAGGCAGGGAGUAGGGCUUAGUGUUUUAAAACACCUCUGCUUUCUGAUGUUGCCUUAAUAUUCUGCUAUUGCAGCAAUUAAAAAUUGUCUUCAUGUACAUUUGGAACUAACACGUGAUGUGAUAUAUUCCUAAACUAUGAAACCUUUUUCCUAGUAGUCAGCUAGAUCAUUUGUUCUGGGAGUAUAAAGCCACCCACGUAAGUUAAUAAGCAAAAUCCUGACUAUUAUGUUGUUAGAGAAAAAUGCUUUGCUUUGUCUGGAAGAAAGAUAAAAUAGUGAAUUAUAAAUAAGUCAGGCCGGGCGUGGUGGCUCACACCUGUAAUCCCAGCACACUGGGAGGCCGAGGCAGGGGGACUGCUUGAGCUCAGGAGUUCGAGACCAGCCUGGGCAACAAAGUGAGACUCCAUCUCUAUAUAAAAACAAAAACCACGAAAGCACACACAAAAUAAAUCAGUGGGAUUUGGUAAUGUGUUUUAGAGUAAGAAAUUUCAGGUUGUUGGUGACUAUCCCAACAGUCAUGUUUUAAAUGUACAGUUUGGGGCAAGUCAUGUAAAUACUGUUGGUGGUCUUCCCCCCGCGCCCCAAUUUUCAGGUAGUACUAAGAGUAUGUGCCAGGAAACUCUUGCUAUUGAAUUGAGAUGAUUAAAAUGGUGACUUAAUCCAUAGUUAUUUUGCACCCACUGAAAGGAAAGUGCUUUCCAGAAUAAUAUGAAGUAUCCAAAAGUGUCACCUUUUCUUGCCUGAUCAACAAUUUGGGCUUCCUGUUUGUACAAGGGGCCAUUUGGUAUACCUUUCACAGCUUUGAUCAGGCCAAGUUAAAGGCUGACUACAUUUUUUCAUCAUGAGGAAAGCAGUUGAAAUGAGGCAUGAGUUACUGUGCAUUGGGAUUUUAGAACAAUUUUCUUGUGACAGCUCUUUUUGUGAAGUUAGGUUCUUAAAAGUGCCCAUGAUGGUCACUUAAAAUGUGCAGUAAUAGCACUGCCAGGAUCAAGCAUGAAAGGCUUUUAAAUUAGAUCAUCACACAGACAAUACGUUUGAUAAUAGUUUUUUCUUUUAACCUUUUUAAGUAUUGAUUCUGCUUGAGAAUAUUGAAGUACUUGCCAGAAGUUGUGGAUUUCAGUUUUAACAAAUGCUAUUAAAGUGGAGAAGCACACUCUGGUCUUGGAAUUCCAUUUGAGGAUUUAGAAGUGUCAUGUUUAUAACUAUUCAGUUGUGUUUGUUGCUGGCUUGUUGUAAAGCAAUAAAAUUUUUUUGGUCUUUUUGUAA